UUGAGCCCAUGAGCAGUCAAGCCCAUUCGUUUCCGUCCCAAACCCCCGUGGGCCCCGACCGUUCUACUCGCGGGGCGGCGCAUGGCGAGGCGGCGACCGCCGGCGAGAGAGAAGAUGGAUCCCGACGUCGCUCGGUCGGGAGGCGAGGCGCCUCCUACGCCGCGCGCUCGCCGGUGGUGCCGCUGCCCUCGACCCUGGACUUCCCUCCCCCAGUUUGGUGCCUAAAAAGAGCAGACGUGGUGAUGCAAUUGGGGCUAGGGUCGGAUGACAUCAAAGGGUGUGCCAAAAGCAAGCGUGAUGAUAGAGAAUAGAUAACAUGAAGUCAUGAUGGUAAGGGUUCACACCUUCUUAGACCAUGUACAAUGCAAGAUGCUUAGAGAGGUGCUUAGUAAAAUAAACCGUGUUUUUCUUAAGCACCGGUGCUUAUGUUUG